UGCCGCACUCUUACGGUUCCCCUGAUUGCAGGCGGCGGAGCAGGUCUGAGUGAGCGGUUUCGAACCUGCGUGCGGGGCUCCCCAGGCAGGUGCGGCCUGCGGGGUUACCUCUGGGUGCCUGGUGCUGGGAUUGUGGGAAGCGCCCCUGUGGUGCCUUCCCAGGCGACCUGCGGCACCUCCUUCCGAGCCUCUUGGAAGAGAAGGGACUAAAGUAGGGAAAGUUGCUAACCUCGGUUGAGGACCAGUCUCUUUCACCUGUGAGGAUCGUUUAAUCUACAGUUCAACUCUGACAGAGAUAACCAUUGUGUGGUUUGAAUCAGAAAUGAGAUCUGAAAGUUAAGAGCCAGAAGCCUUUUUGGUCAACAUGGAGGACAAAAGACGGCGAGCCCGAGUGCAGGGAGCCUGGGCUGGCUCUGCUAAGAGCCAGGCCACUGCUCAGCCAGCUACCACUGCUAAGGGCCAUCUCCACCAGAGAACUGGUCAGACCUGGACAAACCAGGAGCAUUGUCUGUCAGACAAACAGUUUGUGUUCAAAGAACCCCAGCAGGUAGUACGCAGCGCUCCAGAGCCACGAGUGAUUGACAAAGAGGGUGUGUAUGAAAUCAGCCUGUCACCCACAGGCAUAUCUAGGGUGCGCCUGUAUCCUGGCUUUGUUGACUUGAAAGAAGCAGACAGGGUAUUGGAACAGCUUUGUCAGGAUAUUCCCUGGAAACAGAGGACCGUCAUCAGAGAGGAUGUAACUUACCAGCAACCAAGACUUACAGCAUGGUAUGGAGAACUUCCUUACACUUAUUCAAGAAUCACUAUGGAACCAAAUCCUCACUGGCAUCCUGUGCUGCGCACACUGAAGAACCAAAUUGAAGAGAACACUGGCCAUACCUUCAACUCCUUGCUCUGCAAUCUUUACCGAAACGAGAAGGACCGCGUGGACUGGCACAGUGACGAUGAACCGUCGCUGGGGAGCUGCCCCAUCAUUGCUUCGCUCAGUUUGGGUGCCACACGCACUUUUGAGAUGAGAAAGAAGCCCCCACCAGAAGAGAAUGGAGACUACACGUACGUGGAAAGAGUGAAGAUCCCCUUGGAUCACGGCACCUUGUUAAUCAUGGAAGGAGCAACGCAGGCUGACUGGCAGCAUCGAGUGCCCAAAGAGUACCACUCUAGAGAACCGAGAAUAAACCUGACCUUCCGGACAGUCUACCCAGAGCCUCCAGGGGCGCGCUGGUGAUACGGAAUCUUGGGGGGAGAAGCUGUGCUGACACUGAGCAGACCUUCCAUCGCGAAGACGCUUUGAGAGGCUGGUCCAGCUGGUGGCUGUUGGGAAGAUGAGGGUGGGCUUGGCUCCCCGGUCCUGGCAGGUGACAGCCAGCAGGUCAUAUUCAUAGUGUUUACUUUGGGAACAGUUAUCCCUAAUCCCAUCUUGAAAUCACAUAUUUUCUUUAGGAGAAUUAAAAACCCCGUGGCUCUGUUCACGGAUGAUGGUUUCCAUACGCGCUUUUUCUCCUGCUGUCCCCUGCCUUAUUUGAAGAACUAGGAAUGGACUUUGCCUCCGGGGUAAAUCCGCACGUGUUUGUUCCUUGUGACUUGCGUGGCGAUAUAAAUAUGCGUCAGGGACCCUGGAGCCUUCCGUAGGCAGACAGCUGUGAAACCCAAACAGAGGUGGUUUCGCAGAGCUAGACUCCUUAACGUCGUCACCGUGUGCUGCUGCGAUGGAAAGCCGGAUGUUCUGGGAGCACUUUCGUCAACUCAAUCUCCUUGCCUGUCAGUCUUUUCGGGACACAGACGGGUUACAGGCCUCUGAAUAAAGAGUGAAGGCCAGCCAUCCUCAAGCUGCCACACGGACUACUUGUGAUGCAACAGAAAACUGUCCCCUCAAAGGGAGAAGUACUUGAGUGAUGUCAUGAGAAAUUUAGGCUAAGAGCAGCAAUGCCCUGCUAGCGACAGCUGUUCCACAUAGAUUUGUUUCCCCUAGAGAAUGGUUUGAGUCAUUCAAACCCAAGCCAGAUAGAAACAGGAGCAGUCCUGUAGGGAAUAGACUCAGCUACCUAAUAGUUCUCUUCACUUUAGAUUUCGGUAGUCCUGUGACUAAGGCUUUCUUGUGACUCAGUGUCCUCAAGAGUCAAGGGUUAGUUCAUGUUAGUUCAUGUUGUCACCGAAGUUCCCCAAACAGCACAGAGUUGCUGCCCCUUAUUGCAUCAUAAAAGCACGUGUCUUCUUGACCCCUUGACUUAGGAGCAGUGUGCCAGAUUAAUUUCAGACCAAGGUAUGAAAAACCUGAGAGAAAGCAAAUGGGUG